AUGAAUCAUGAUAAGGGAAUUAAUGAUGACAAGGCAAACAUAUUAAACAGGAAAAAUGUGUUUGGGUCAAACACAUACCCAAGGAAAAAGGGGCAAAGUUUUUGGAGGUUUCUGUUUGAUGCUUGUCGUGAUACAACAUUGAUCAUUUUAAUGGUAGCUGCUGCUUGUUCUUUAGCACUUAGUAUUAAAACAGAGGGGAAUAAAGAAGGAUGGUAUGAUGGUGGAAGCAUAGCUUUAGCUGUUAUAAUUGUCAUAGUCGUUACAACCAUAAGUGAUUAUAAACAAUCACUUCAGUUUCAGAACUUAAAUGAAGAGAAACAGAAUAUACAAUUGGAGGUGCAUUUGAAUGGAGUGACUACAUUUAUUGGCAUAGUAGGGCUUGUGGUGGCUGUAUCUCUUCUUGUCAUCCUUCUCAUAAGGUUUUUUACUGGACACACAAAGGACGAUACGGAUCAAGUGGAGUUUAUUGCUGGGAAAACUAGUCUUGGGGAUGCUGUUGAUGGAGAAAUCAAAAUUUUUACUAUUGCAGCUGCUGCAUUAAAAGGAGGAGCACCUCCUGGACUUUGUGUAAAAAGGUCUAGUCAAGAGUCAUCAGAAGCAGAGUCAAAGGAUGUAUUAUCUGGUGAACUUUGGGAGGCAAAGAAAGAUAGAGUUCGUCAUAGUCGUUACUGGCACGAUAAAUUGCAAAAUCUAGGGCUAUUUUUUUGGUUAGAAGAGGAAAAGAAAGCUCAAGCUGAAAGAGAUAAGAUGUUGCAAAUGCAAGUGUUGCAUUCUUCAUUUCAGUUGUUAGUUGUGCUACUAAUGAUGGAAGCUGCUAAUAAAGGAAAUGGAAGAAGCCGCAUGAAAUAG